UAAAUUUGGAUGAUCUAAUUAAUGUUAAGAAUUCUGCAUCCCUGCUGAACAGAUAUGUGGUUGGAGUCUCUGCAGUUGUUGCAGCGCACUCAUUGCUGCAACUGCUGAUCAGCUUUCCAAGGUUGCUUAGAAAAUCUCCGGUGAUUCAAUCAAGAACUCACGCAUGGCUUCUUUUUGCAGGAGAUCAGGUAUUUGCAUAUGCAACAAUAAGCGCUGGGGCAGCUGCAUCAGGAGUCACCAACCUCAAUCGCACUGGAAUCCGACACACAGCUUUGCCAAAUUUCUGCAAGCCUCUGCGGAGCUUCUGUGACCAUGUUGCUGUCUCUAUUUUCUUCACUUUCUUGAGCUGCUUCUUGCUUGCUGCAUCUGCUGUUCAGGAAGUCAUAUGGCUCUCCAGAUCCAAGUAUUGAAGAUCUUUGCCUUUCGAUAUACUUGUUGUUAUCCUUCCUGGACAAGCACGGCUUCUACGAAAUAAGGGUUUAUCCUUCAAUUAAUUCCAGUGAUAUCUUCUAUCAUUACUGGAAGUUUUGUGAUCAUGGCACUUUAACCCUUUGUAAAUAACAAGGACUUGUCUAUUUUGUUAUUGCACUACCAUGCGUGUCUCACUUUUAGAGCCAUUUAUGACCAGCUUCUUUCGAAA